AUGCCCAUCAUCGACGCGCCGUCGCAAAAGCGCGUGCGCGACGCGGCGUCCAUCGAGGACCUGCGCAAGGCCGCGGAGAAGCGCAUGCACGCCAUGACCUACGGCUACCUCGCCGGCGGCGCCGACGAGGAGAUCGCGCUCCGCCGGUCCGUGAGCUGCUACGAGGACGUCGAGCUCCGCCACGCCGUCCUCCACGGCGUCGGCCACGGCGAGACGGACCUGCGCACGAACAUCAUGGGCGUCGAGGCGGAUUUACCGUUCUUCGUCACGUCCUGCGCGGGCCAGCGCAUGUUCCACAGCGACGGCGAGGUCGCGACGGCGACGGCCGCCGCGAAGCACAACGUCGCGAUGGCGCUGAGCCAGCUCACGACGUCGACCUUCGAGGACGUGCGCGGCGCGGCGCCGAACCACGCCAAGAUCCUCCAGCUCUACGUCUGGCGCGACCGCGUGCUCCUCAAGGAGGUGCUCGACCGCGCGAAGGAGGUCGGCUUCACGGGUUUGGCGCUCACGGCGGACUUCUCGUGGGUCGGCAACCGCGAGCGCGAGACGCGCACGGGCUUCACCGUGCCGCCCAACUACUCCUGGCGCCAGACCGUCGACGCCAUGAAGUCGCCGGCCUGGACCUACGACUUCAUCCUCGUCGACUUCAUCGCGCAGCAGAUGAAGCCCGAGUUCGACUGGAAGGACGCCGAGUGGCUCUGCUCGGAGUGGGGCGACACGGGGAAGGUCGCCCUCAAGGGCGUCGCGCGCGGCGAAGACGCGAAGCGCGCCGUCGAGACGGGCUUCGACACGAUCUGGGUCUCGAACCACGGCGGCCGCCAGCUCGAGUCCAGCGUCGCGCCCUUCGACGUCCUCCCCGAGGUCCGCGCCGCCGUCGGCCCGGACGUCGAGGUCAUCAUGGACGGCGGCGUCCGCCGCGGUUUGGACGUCAUCAAGGCGCUCGCGCGCGGCGCGGACUCCGUCGCCUGCGGCCGCGCCUACCUCUACGGCCUCGCC